UCGGUCUCGGUAGCCAUGGCUACGGCGAGGCGUUGGGUUUGCGCGGCCUUCUUCUUACUCCCGUUCGGCGCGGGACUGUCGGGAGGCCAGGGCUUCUUCCUCCCUCUGCACCGGCCCCAGGGCUGCGGUGGGACGCAGUACUUUGACAUCGCCAGCUUGAGUUGCGGGCAGUGCGGGGCCUCGCAGAGGAAAAGCUCUCGGGGUACAUCAUGCACUUGUCUAGCAGGAUUCAAGUUAGUUUCUGAUAACGGUGGAUCUUCUAUAACUUGUGAAAAAUGUCCAGAAAGCACGAGUGGAGUUACCCAAGAUGGAUGGGAUUGCAUUACUUGUCCUAAAGGCUUAACUAGUGAAGGAAAAUGUAAAUGCCCUGUUAAUGAGAUUUUGGUGGAAAGAGACACCAAUGGUGCAUUGUUGGCAGAUGCAUUAUGUGUUCAAUGUGAUGGAAAAGGGAAGUCAUUUGCUACUUCAAAUGCGUUAAAUAACCUGUGUGUAAGAUGUGAACCAACAUUCAUCAGUGUAAACAAGUCAUGUAGCUGUUCUGAGCCCAAUAUUUUAACAGGAGGUUUAUGCUUCAGGAGUACUGGGAAUUACCCCCCAAAAGGAAUUGCAACAGUACGCUUUGGAAAGCUAGGCAUCACCUUGAUAUCAGCAUGGUUUUCAAAAAACCUACAAGCGUCAGCAGCUGCUUGCUGGCUGUACUCCAACCUUACAUCUUGCCAAACGCUUGGAAAUAUGUGUGUGAUGAACAUGAAUAGUUUGAGCUCUGCCAGCACAGAUGCAUGUGGUCUAUUUCAGUAUGUUUUUGCAAAUACUGCUGGACUUGGUACUGUUCAUUCCAUAUCAUUUUGGAGACAGAACCUUCCAUGGCUAUACUAUGGUGACCAGCCAGGAUUAGCAUCACAGGUUCUUGACACAACCCAGUUUCCUGCUAGUUUCACUUUUAAAGGAACAAACAAAAAUAUAAAGUUGCAGUUUAUUGCUGCUUCAUAUGAUGCAGGGGGAAAUUUUCUUAAAUGGCAGUAUUUAGAAGGUGGUGUUUUGCAGCUUUGCCCAGAUACGCUAACUAAACUGAAUGCUGCUUUCAUUUUUGGGACAACUUAUCAACAAAAAUGUACGAUAUCGGUUUCCAAAAUUUUGAAGGAUUAUUCUAAUCCUAUAUUUUAUGAUGUGUUCCUUGAAUAUUAUGAUGAAGAAGAUGGACAACAGUACCUUUGGGCAGUACCAGUGUUAAACUUAAAUCUUCAGUAUAAUGAAAUGUUUGUGAACCAAGGUAGCAAUAUGAACAAUUGGCUUUUGACACGUCGAAUGUUUUUAGUGGAUACUUUAAGUGGACAAGAAAAUGACGUAGGAAACCAGCCAAGAAUAAUCAGAAUUGCUAGUGAAAUAACAAUAAGUAUUCGUCUUGUGCCUAACACUCAGACAGGAGCCAUUUAUCCCCCUCUGAUUACAAUUGCGUACAGUGACGUUCUGGUUCAGAAUCCCAGUGCUGAGAAUGUGGUGGUUUCCUUCUCAGUCAACUAUGAAAUGAACCAGUCGGAGGCUCGCAUUCAGACUGAUAUAGCUCUAGGUGUUUUGGGUGGCCUGGCAGUUCUAUGGUCCCUUCUCAAGACAGCUGGCUGGAAGAGACGUAUAGGGAGCCCCAUGAUUGACCUACAGACAGUUCUGAAGUUCUUGUUAUUCUACUCUGGAGACCUUGCAAAUGUUUUCUUCAUCAUCUCAGUGGGAACAGGGAUAUAUUGGCUUAUAUUUUUCAAAGCACAGCAGUAUGUCUCCGUUCUCUUACCAUUACCAAGUCAAGAAGACAAUUUUGUUUCUUACAUUGGAUGUGCUUUUACUCUUAAGGCACUGCAGUUUUUGCAUCUGCUUGUUUCCCAACUUACGGUAGAUAUCUUUUUCAUCGAUUGGGAGCGUCCUAAAGGAAAAGUUCUUAAAGCAGUUGAAGGAGAAAAUGGCGUAAGAAGUAUUUCUGCACCUGUCAGCAUAUGGAGAACGUAUUUCAUAGCAAAUGAGUGGAAUGAAAUUCAAACCAUCAGGAAAAUAAAUCCUCUCUUCCAAGUGCUUGCUAGUCUCUUCUUCUUAGAGGUUGUGGGGUUUUCAAAUCUGGCCUUAAUGGAUUCUUCUUCCAGUCUUAAAAGGAGCCCAGAAAGUUACAUAGCUCCCUGGAGUCGUAUUUUGAGAUUUGGCGUGUCUGCUGUCCUUUGGCUAGUGAUUGCCAUAAUACAGGUGAUCUACUUUUCUGUCUUCUAUGAAAGAUUUAUAGAAGAUAAGAUAAGGCAGUUUGUUGACUUGUGCUGUAUGAGCAAUAUUUCGGUCUUUCUGUUGUCACACAGAUGCUUUGGGUAUUAUAUUCAUGGUCGGUCUGUGCAUGGGCAUUCAGAUACCAAUAUGGAAGAGAUGAAUAUGAACCUAAAGAGGGAAGCGGAAAAUCUGUGUAGUCAAAGAGGCUUGUUACCAAACACAGAUGGUCAGACUUUUCAGAUUUCCAUUUCAAGCAAGAUGAGGCAGCAGUAUGACAGGAUCCAUGAAACAUUAACAAGGAAACAGGGUCCUGUUAGACUUUUGAAUUCAUCUGCGACUACAUUUGAGCAGAGUACUAAAGCAUACCAUACCAUGAAUAAAUUUCUAGGUUCAUUUAUUGAUCAUGUUCAUAAGGAGAUGGAUUACAUUGUAAAGGACAAAUUGUUGCUGGAGAGAAUCCUUGGAAUGGAGUUCAUGGAACCAAUGGAAAAAAGCAUCUUUUACAAUGAUGAAGGUCAUUCUUUCAGUGAUGUGCUAUAUUAUGGCAAUGAAGCCACACUUCUCAUAUUUGACAUGCUGUUUUUCACCAUCGUGGAUAUGGCCACCCAAAGUUUUGUUUUAGCAGCUGUCCUGACGUAUUUGCAACAAGAGUCGCAAUGUUUCGCACCAGCUGGAGCCUCAGACCAGGCCAAAGAGUAUCCCCACUUUGAUGCAUCUCUUCUAGGCUCUCUUGAAGAUGAACACGAAAGUAACAAACCAUAGAAACACGUCUGUCUGUCUGUCUGUCUGUCUGUCUGUCUGUCGCACAUCUCUAUUGUAACAAAUUGGACAAUCAUUAUGAUCUUCCAGUAAUAAAGAUGUUUGGAGUUGACAGCACAAUUUUGAAAUUGUUAACAAGCUCUGUUAUACUAAAUUUGUGGUUUCUUUUUUAGAAGAAUGGUCUGGAAAUAAAUUGUAAACAGCCCCCUCACUGUGAAAAGCAGCUUGCUUUCAGGUUACUGUUGGGGUGACCAAACAACAAGUCUUAUUUCCAACCUUUUACCGUUACUGUUUAUUAUGUGAGAUGCUUAACUUGGAUUGAUCAUACUUGACAAAUCUAAGACAGUAACCUUAGAUGAGAUUAAAUAGCAGCUAGCAUUAGCUUAACAUCCUGUCAAAUAAGGAUUUACUGCUACAUAUGGAGUAUUUUGUACAAUUUAUACCAUAACAUCUGAAGUUGGUUUUAUCUUUUCAGAUUUUUAGGUUCAUUCGUAAUACAGUUGGACAGAAGAAUUUGGCAUCUAAAACUUUGGUGGAUGAAAGAUUUCUUAUAUGAAAUGACUUUCUGGGAACUAAUUAUGGCUUUAAAAUGACACACAUACACAAAGGAUUUGCUUGCAGUACUUUGUAAAUAUUCAUGUGUAGAUUUUUUCUUUCAUAUUGUGUACUUGAAAACUGCUGUUUUGGAUUAAAUAAAUUUGUACUUGUAA